AGCGGGCAGGUGGCUGCUCGAUCUGGGGACCUUGCACUCCUGCUGGGGAGGGUCUGAAAGCAGUAUAAAGCUGCCUGCUGGACGCUGCUCCUCACACAGCUUCUGCCAGCAAGAUGAAGUGCCUCCUGAUCCUCCUCUCCCUCGCCGCCCUCACAUGGGCUCAGGGGCCGCCACAGUGCCAGUGUGGUGCCUUUGUCAAUGAAGAUAUCGGAGAGAUCGAGGUGUUUCCCUUCCCGCCCAUAGACGUGGAGGGCUGUGAAGAUACAGCCGAUUGCAGCUCAACUUGUGAUGAUGAGUGGGCUUCAAUAACUAACAACGGUGACUUGGACACUGUGCUUGAAAACGGAGAGACGGUCGGACAACACAUAUGCAACGCCCUGGCCCGUCAGGGACAUGAGGAUUUCGGGCCUGGUGAAGUGUACCUGUACUACAAGCUUUGUCAAGGCCCAUGGGAGUACGACAGUGAGCAGAGUACACUGGAAGUGUGUUGUGCAGGUGGUGAAUACCAACCCUGUUAAAAACACCACCAACUCCUCCUCCCGUGGUCAAGUCUAUCUAAUAACUCACGUGAUGAACUAAACAUCUGCUUGCUGAUAACGUCGUCUGCUUCGUCAGUCGCACUCUUAGAGUUUUCAGUGAUUAAAACACAACGAAUGUUUAACCCUGCACCAAAUUGUUUUCCUUGAAAUCAACAUGCACCUCCCCGUGUUGCAUCAUGAAGUGAAAUGGUUACUCAUUAAUAAAGUUAACAUAAUA